AUGGCGCAGCUAUUUGCGGGGAUGCGUGCGCACCAGGUGUUUGGCGCGGAUACAGAGGUAGGCAAGACGAUCUUUUCGACGGGAUAUGCACUUGCAGGCACUCUGUGCUCCGCUGACGCGAGCGUGCGGGGACCGCGCACGCUUGCGCCGCGCGCAGAUGCAGAACGCGUCGCGUACUUGAAACCCGUCUCGACCGGGCCCCCGCACGAGAUGGAUGCGGGGCAUCUGCAGCAGUAUGCGCCGUGGGUGCACAGCUCGACGAUGCUCCAGUUUGCAGAGCCAGUCUCGCCGCAUCUCGCGUCUGUGCAGAAGGCUGGGACACUGCCGCACGACGCGCACGACGCACAGAUUGUGAGCGGCAUCGGCGCCUGGCUGCUGCAGCAGGCGCGCGCAUCUGUGCCAGCGGCUGCGAUCAUCGAGACCGCAGGCGGUGUCAACUCGCCCGCGCCGAGCGGGUCGUCCCAGGCGGACCUUUUGCGCCCACUGCGCCUGCCCGUCGUCCUUGUCGGCUCCAGCAAACUGGGAGGCAUCAGUACGACGCGCUCCGCGCUGGAGAGUCUGCGGAUGCGUGGGUACGAUGUCGAGGCUGUGCUCAUGUUCCCUUCGCAGCGGUACCAAAACGAUGCGUAUCUGCAAUCGCUCUUGGCCGAGGAGUACGCAAUUCCCGUCUUUGCUCUCGGCGGGCCCAACGGAGACGGCUGGGGCGCGCCGCCGGUACGUGCCGUGUGCGACGAGGAGGACCAUGCACGGAUGCGUGACUACUACAUAGGCCUCGUCCAUGGCCGCGAGGACGGCAGCGGCACGAGCAUGCUCGAUGUCGUGCGGCAUUUGCGCGCAGCGCACGCCAAACGUCUCGCCCGCCUUUCUACCAUGGCAAGCAAAACGCGCGAGGUGUGCUGGUGGCCAUUCACCCAGCACGGGCGGUACACGGACGAGGACGUGAUGGUCAUCGACAGCGCCUACGGCGAUUUCUUUGCGGUGCACAACAACACACCGCAAACGUCGCUGCUCGCGCCUGCGCUCGAUGGGUCCGCUUCGUGGUGGACGCAGGUGUUGGGACACGGUCAUGCCCGGCUCGGUGCGGCGGCGGCGUACGCUGCGGGGCGGUACGGCCAUGUGCUGUUCCCAGGCGCGACGAACGAGCCUGCGCUCGCGCUGAGCGAGACGCUGCUUGGGAAGCGUCCUCUCUCCUUCAGCGCGCCCGGCCACGGAUGGGCAAGCAGGGUGUUUUUUAGCGACGAUGGGAGCACGGCUAUGGAAGUCGCGCUCAAGAUGGCGAUCCAGUCGUCGGUGCGCCGCUAUGCCGAGGGCGAGGGCGAGGAUAGGGAAUGGCAAGUACUCGGCUUGCAAGGCAGCUACCACGGCGAUACGAUCGGCGUAAUGGAUGCGUGCGAGCCGAGUGUGUACAGCGACCAUGUGGCGUGGUACAAGGGACGGGGCUACUGGCUUGCACCGCCCACUCUGCGUGUCAAGCACGGAAAGGUCCACGUCAUUGUGCGCCCCAAUCGCGACUGGGCGCACUGGGAGCGCGAUACAGCGCGCGAUGAAAUACACCUCGCCACGUUCGACUCGAUGCAGGAGGCGUACGACGUCACUCGUCGCAUGCAGCACGGCGAGCUGUACGAAAACUACCGCGCGAUGCUGCACACAACUCUCACGCGGCUGGUCCGCGACGAAGGGCGCCGCUUUGGCGCCUUGGUCCUCGAGCCGCUCGUCAUGGGGGCAGGCGGAAUGUUGUUUGUAGAUCCCCUUUUCCAGCGGUGCUUGGUCGACGUGGUGCGCGAGCAGGCAGCCUUGUUUGGCGGCAAACAUGUUUCCCGCACGCCGUCGCAGUGGCAAGGCCUUCCGGUGAUCUACGACGAGAUCUUUACCGGGCUCUUUCGCAUCGGCAUCCCCAGCGCCGCAGACGUGCUGGGCACAAGCCCGGAUAUCGCAUGCUACGCCAAGAUCCUCUCGGGCGGCCUCGUGCCGCUCUCAGCGACACUUGCAUCGUCCAGCAUCUUUGACACGUUUGCGCACUCGGACGAAAAAACACGCGCGCUCUUGCACGGCCAUAGCUACACGGCGCACCCUGUUGGCUGCAGCGUCGCGCUCGAAACGUUUGCGAUCCUCGAUGAAAUGCACAUGCGCGGCGACUGGGCCAAGCACCAGGAGGACUGGGGAAGCACCACAAUAUGGAGUUUCUGGAACAAGCAGUUUGUGCAGCGCCUCUCGGCGUAUGCACACGUCGAAAGCGUCAUGGCACUCGGCACUGUCCUGAAAAUCGCGCUUGUCGAUCAAGACGCGGGGUAUGCGUCCAACAUUGCCGACACGCUGCUCCAACGCCUCCGCACGAUGCAUGUCCAGACGGCAGAGCACCCAGCGUGUCCGCCCAGCGCCGACGCGCACGCAAGCGAUGAUGCCUUUUGCAUCCAUCUGCGCCCGCUCGGCAAUGUGUUGUACGUGAUAUGCAAUAUGAAUACAUCCCCUGCCAUCCUGCAACGGACACAGGCGGUGCUGGGCACACAGAUCAGACACAUAGGCAUGUCGUAG